AUGAAUCUGGACGCUUUGUUCCAGCAAAUCCAGCUCACAGAGAAGCAGGCGGGGGAAAAGAGGCGCCUCAUCCAACAAGCUAAAUUUGACAUAAACCGAAGUCAUGAAAAAAUUAACCAAAUAAAAGAAGAGCUGAGCACAGCAAAAAUAACAUUAGAAACUAAGGUUCAGCAUCUGUCUGAAAAAAUGUUCUUCUUAGAAAUUCUGAAGAAACAUGAAGACAGCUUAGAGAAACAGAAAGCUGAACUUACUAAUCAAAAAAGCAUUCUUCAGAAAAACUUUACAGAUGCGAAGAGAAAAAUGACUGAAGAGGAAGAUAAUUUUGCUAGGGAAAUAACAGAGUUUAACAAUGAAUAUGGACUAACAAGUAAUAGAGAUCUUCUGAUUAAAAAAAAAGUCAAGACUGAAAUAAAUGAUUUAGAGAAUGAGGCAGCUCUGUUAAAAAAUGAAAUGGAGUCAAUGGAACAUAAAAGUGUUCAGUUAAAUGCUCUCCAGCUGCAGAAGAAUGAAUUAAAGCAGGAAUUAUUUACUCUCCAAAGUGAACUCAAAGACCUUGAGGAGUUAAUCAAGGAGGCUGAAGGAACAACAAAACGUUUAGAAACAGAAAAAGUCCAAGUCACUGAAAAACCUCAGACUGAUCCUGAAUGUUUAAGGCUUAAGAAAGAAUUGGAAAAUUACAAAGAUGAUGAUUGGGAAAGUAUCUAUGAGACUCUUCGAACAGAAAUUGAAAUUCUGCAAAUGAAGCUAUCACAAAAAAAGUCUUCAGACAAGUGAAUAAUAUGUGGCGUAUCAUAUGAAGUGUCACAGAAGCUAAUCUUUGAGAGUUUUAAAACAAUUUUAUGCAGGCUCUAUCAGCAUGCCUUUUGGUGCUGUUUGGUUAAACCGCAGUUUGUAUCUGCCUUUAUUUUCCAUUAAAAUCAAAUUUUAUUCAUUUAAAA